AAGUCUCUGGUCUCCACUGGCUGUGGCUUCCCCUGAAGGAAAUCCUUAAGAUUUUUGGAAAGGAAGGGUGCUGGGAUACCAAGAAAGAAGUCGGAAACAAGCAGUCUAGUGUUCAUCUGGUGCCACUGACCAGAAUGUCCCAAGCACCCAAACCCCAGUUACCUGGCAAUACAAAGGAUCCAUACUGUGGGACACACCCAGAGUCAUCGCAGCUCUUCAGUGAUGAUGACCAAGUCAUAGUUUCCAGCAAAUGUUUCCAGUCUCCAGAGCACAAGCAGCAUGGGGCAUACAGUAUCCAAGAAGCUGCUGAGUAUUACAGGAAGUUAUUCCAGGAAACCCUGGUUACAUUGAGGGAGAAGCUUGAAGCAGCUACGAGCUUACUGGCGGAAGAGCGAGAGAGAAUGGUGACGAUUCAGGAAGAAGAGCAGAGGUUUAAAGAGAUGAUCGAGGCCGAGUAUAAGAUGCGAUUCCAGUUACUGACUGAAGAGGAGGAACUGGCAGCCUACAAAGUUGACCUGAACUUAAAUGGACCUAAUCCGGACCAGCUGAUGAAGUGUGGCACUGAGCUCAUGCAGAAGUCCCAAGAAAUGCUACAGAGACUUAGACACCUGGGGAGAGAGAACAUGGAAAAACUGAAGGCGAGUGAAGUCCGGCUUAGUGAGCACCUGCGCAGCCUCCAGAUGAUGAUCACGGACCUCGAGAAGAACUGUGGGGAAUCGGCCGUUGCACUGCUCCAGAAUGCAAAGUGCUACUUAAAAAGGAGUGAGUCUAUACUGCUUCAGAGCCUAGAGCCAGCUCAGGUAACAGACCUGAGUUCCUGCCAGAUAAUCGAAACGAGCGGUGUUCUACUGAGGCUCCAAAGACAUAUUACUUUGGACCCAGACACAGCUCACCCCUCCCUAGUCUUAUCCGAAGACCUGAGAAGUGUGGGAUUCGGAGAGACACCAAAGACUGGACCUGGCACUACAAGGAAAUUGGACUUCGGCGCUUCUGUAUUGGGUGCAGAGAGCUUCACCACGGGGAGGCAUUAUUGGGAGGUGGCUGUGGGACAGGCAACCCAAUGGCAGGUGGGCAUAUGUGACUGUACAGAGAGAAAGGGCAGCAUUCCCGGGGAUUCCGGGGAUAAAGUCUUGCUCAUGGGGUCCAUGAUGGGGACCGAUUGUACCCUCUGGGUCUUUCCCCCUUUAAGAAAGGUCUGCCUGAGAAACCAAAUGUUCAAAGUUGGAGUCUUCCUAGACUGUGAAUGUGGGCAAGUAUCCUUCUACAACGUGACAGAGCAGUCCCUCAUUUACAGUUUCUCUGACCUUACCUUCCGAGGAGCGGUUAAACCAAUAUUUUCUCUUUGUAUUCCAAAUGGAGACAUGAGUUCAGACUCUCUCACUGUCUGUCUUUCUCAGACUCAUCCCUGAAAUGCUGCCGAUAGCUCUUCAUCUUCCUGUGUGUGGAACCCAAGAUCAAAAGAGACACAAAAAUAAGAUCCAGACUUUGUGAACACCCCUUAUGUAAUUAAUCGAAUAUAAUCCAAUAAAGCCAUUAGACUUAA